UCGCUCUCCCUGUUAGUCUCCAUCUGCAGCACUAAAGAAAAAUAUUAAAUUGGAAAUUACUUUAAGUUUGGGGCAUGAGGAAACUAGACUUCGCAUCUAUGUGGGGAAAGAAGAGCCCUCCAUCAUUUUUCUCUGGCUGCACUUUUCUGAAGAAACUUUGAGAAGCGUGUUCCCUUUGAAAGGAUAUAAAGAAUUUAUUUGGUGAAAUCUUUUGCUAGUUUCCUUGGGCAACAUUUUCUGAGAAGUCCCAUGGCUUGCUGUGCUUUGCAAACGGUGGCUCUGCUGCUUGUGAGCAUUGGUACGCUUGGAACAUUCACGGUCACCCUGCUGCCUCAAUGGAAAGUAUCGGCCUUCACAGGAAACAACAUUGUAGUCUUUGAGAAGAUUUGGGAGGGCCUUUGGAUGGCAUGUGUCAGUCACAUCCGACAAUAUCAGUGCAAAUUCUAUCAGUCCACAUUAGCCCUUCCAAUGACUUUAGAUGCAUCCAGAGGGCUUAUGUGCACAGCUUGUGCAUUGUCAGUUGUUGCCUUUCUAAUUGCUAUCUCUGGCAUGAAGUGGAUACGAUGUCCUGGCAAAGAUGAGGAAACAAAAAGCAAGCUUUUAUUGUCUGCUGGAAUCAUUUUUCUUCUGACUGGUGUCAUUGUGUUGAUUCCUGUUUCCAUGAUUGCCAACAAUAUCAUCACAGAUUUCUACAAUCCAGCAAACCAACUUGCCCGGAAAUAUGAAUUGGGAGCUGCCCUCUAUUUGGGAUGGAUCACCUCUGGAUUUCUAAUCAGCGGAGGAGCUAUAUUUUGCAGUUUCUUCUCCUGUGCAGAGAAGCCUGAUGGAUACCGAUAUCCAACACCAAUCAGCCAUAGAGCAAACAAACCUGAGCACAUAAGAAUGAAACCUGUAAGUGUGCAUUCGUAUAUCUGAUGAUAUCACUUGUUCACAUAUGGAACUUAUUUUGGACAAUAGUAUUGAUUUCCUUCUUCCCUGUCUAGGAGACCAUUAUCAGCUGGAUCUAGUGAACCAAAUUCAUAAGUUUCCAGCUAUGAACUUACUUUUAGGAUGUGCAAAAGCAUGUCGGAUUUAAUGCCACUUAUCCACUGAUGCUGUAACCAUGCCACAGUUUGCUAACCUGCACAUUUGAUAUUGUCUCCAUAAGUAACAGUAUGCCAUGUUAUGCUUCUCCUGACAGUCUGAAUUCAGAAGCAAUAUGGUUCUCUAAGGGAAAACACAAGAAAAGUUUCUAUCUAAUUUUAAAAAAAAUCUUGGACCAACUGCAGCUUCCACUGAUGAGACAGGCAGAGAGAAAAUGGAAGAAUGCGGAAGCAUGACAGAUUGGCACCCACUAAAUAGAAAAAAAGAUCUCUGGAGCAAUAUAAUACAGAACCUGGAUUAUUUUAAAUUAAACUACAAUAAAAGUUCCACACCUGUAAGAAAAAGUUACUAUUUGACUUAUUUACCUCCAAAUCAGAGAAGGGGGAAUGUCUUCACUGUAAGAGUACAAAUGUCUUUCAGGUUUUUUUUAAAAUGCCCAGUUCUGCCUUGUGUUUGUGAUAUACAUUUAUAACCCAUGGAAGCUGAAUUACAAUACAAUAGCCAUUACAAUUACAAAGAUGGGUUACAAGGUUCCUUCUAUACUGGAUAUAUUGUCUUAAUCGUAUUUUGAUGCAUGCUGUCUCACAGAGUUGGGAUGAAAAUGAAUGACAUGCAAAUCAUAAGGACUUCACCUAUUGACAACUGCAAAAAUCAUGGUAAGUCAGUAGGAACCAGCAUGGUAUAAUGCAGUGGUUUUCAACCUUCCUAAUGCCGUGACCCCUUAAUACAAUUCCGCAUGUUGUGGUGAUCCCCAACCUUAACAUUAUUUU